AUGUCCAACCCACAAGACAAUCUAGGAACUCCUCCACCACCCACUCCCUCUAAUUCAUCUACCCCUCCUCCACCUAGUACAUCUCCCAAACCCAGGCUGAGAAGGGUGAAAAUGCUUGCUCGGAAAACAGUAGCGUCUGGGGAUCUCAAGAAGAAAUUAAAUGAGAAAUUAAAGGCAAGCCAGGUUCAAGACUCUGACUCCAACUCUGAUUUUGAGUCAUACAAAUCUGCCAGUGAGGGAGAAGAACCCGGGUCUUCUGACUCUGAAAAAACUCAAGAAUCCCCUUCUAAGGCAAGUUCCUCUUUGUUUGAAAAUCUAGAAACUAGGUUUGUGCUGGUUGGGCCUGUUAAGGAAGUAGAAUUACCUAAGUUACGUAAGAGUGGAGAAAAGGUAGAAGAGAGUGGCAAGAAGUCAGAGGGAAGUGGUUCUGGUGAACCUGCUGAAGGGUUAGUUCAUUUAAGCACACAAAGAGAUGAACCUGCCCUUAGUGCUCCCAAACCCUCCAAGAAAAGAAAGGAUUCAUCCUCAUCAACUGCUGAAAUUUCAUUGCCAAAAGAAAGAGCUACAAGAAGCAAGGUAAAGCAGAGUGAGAGUGAUCUCCAAAAGGCUCUUGCUACGAGUAAGAAGAAAAAGUUGGCUAAAGGAAAAGAAAAGGUUAUAGAGUCCUCAGAAGCUGUGGAGGUUGAGGAGAUGGAACAGGUCCAUUAG